UAAGCGUUAAAUUAAAACGCUGAUGAAAGUGCUGUGAAAAGUUAACUUCUAGCGGGGGACAAUUAACAAAAACAACAAACAAAAACUCAAAGAAAAUAUUAAGAAAAGAAAGAAAGAAAUGUAAAGAAAGCUCAAGUGCAUCCAAUCCCCAGCUGAAAGUCGAACAAUUAAAUAGCGGUCGCGCUGAGUAAAAGUGUAGCUGAGGUAGAAGAAGUGAAAUUUUCAUAUGAAAUGCAAAAUUUUGCCAAGUCAACAUAAGUCACGGAGUGCAAAAUGUGAAUAUUAUUUAUUUUGAUUUGCUUGACAUUGGGGAAGUGCUAACCACAUACAUAUGUGAGUGUGUGUGUGUGUGUAAGUAAAUUUUAGUACACUAAGAAAGCAUGGUAAGAGUCGGAGACCGUUGGCGAUAAAGCUCGCCUCGCGCAUUGAACGUCAACUCGCAAGAGUUUCGCUCGACUUUAAAGCAGCGGCAAGUAGUGAGCGUUGUCGGCGGCGGCGUCGCUAACGAUAUGGCGCCCGUUCGCCCGCUUAAUGAUCGCUACAUACUCGUACAUACAUAUGUAUAUUCGACUAUGCGAUCAACACCGCGCUUGGGGCGCAAAUCGCUCCAAUUGAGGCUUGGCGACAUUUCACCGUUUAGUUGCAUCGCGUCCAUUGCCAGUGAGUUUAGGGUUGUUGCCGUUAGCCGCGACUCAAGAAGAAAUCCGAAAAUACUAAAAUUCGACGCGAACGCGAUCGUUUUUAAUACAAAAAAAUAUUUUCAAAAUAUCUCGAAAUUGUAAUUGUUGCGGUUUAAAUUGUUAUUCCAUUACAAAAAAAGGUUCCUGGCCUUCAGUCGCGCAUUUUUCAUGGCGCAUAAUUUACGAUAUUUAAUUCAUAUGCGCCGAAAGUGAAUAUUUGUGGUGUUGGUGUUGUUGUUUUUGUUGUUGUCAGUGCCGCCGUCGUCUGCCGCGCGCCUCUAAUAAUUUCGAGUUUUGAAUUACCGAGACACUUGAGAAUUUUUUGCAUAAAGUGUAAUUGCAACUGUGUGCCGCCUGACAUCAAGUCCAGCCACAUUCGUGUGUCUUGCAUAUUUCGAGCGCCUGGUUAGUGCUCGACGGGCACACGUGAUACACCCGCGCUGCGACGUUACUGACAUAACCGUUAUAAUCGUCAUUUAUUUGCUAACCACAGCCACCGCCGUCGCACUUGAUUCCCUCCAAAAGUUAGCAUGUCGAACGGCGACAGCUCUCCUUCAACUCCAACAGCAGCAGCAGCAGCACUUUGAGAUGGAUCCAAAGAGCUUAGCUAAAUCCUGUGCCAUGAAGGAGAAGAGUAAAAAUGCCGCUCGCACUAGACGUGAAAAGGAAAAUGCGGAAUUCUUCGAAUUGGCCAAACUACUACCACUACCAAGUGCAAUUACAUCACAGUUGGAUAAAGCGUCCAUCAUAAGAUUAACCACGUCGUAUCUGAAAAUGCGUCAAGUCUUUCCCGAUGGUCUGGGCGAGGCGUGGGGCACUUCACCGGCCAUGCAACGCGGCGCUAUCAAAGAGCUUGGCUCACAUUUGCUGCAAACAUUGGACGGUUUCAUAUUUGUUGUGGCACCGGAUGGCAAAAUUAUGUACAUCUCCGAAACGGCAUCCGUACAAUUGGGCCUCAGUCAGGUUGAGCUCACUGGCAAUUCCAUAUUUGAGUAUAUACACAACCACGAUCACGAUGAGAUGAACGCUAUACUCCAACUGCAUCCUUAUAUGUACCAAAAUCCGGAUGCAUUUAUUAAUUCAUUACAUCUACCACAGAGCGGCAAUCCACCCACCGGCCAUCCGAGUGUCAUCGGCAGUCCGAAUGGCAGCUAUUGCAAUGAACGUGGCUCACAUACGAUCGAAUUGCAAAAGUCCUUCUUCCUGCGCAUGAAGUGUGUGCUGGCGAAACGGAACGCUGGACUCACAACAUCCGGUUAUAAGGUUAUUCAUUGCUCGGGCUACUUGAAAGCGCGCAUAAUUCCCGAUUAUGGCGAUGGUCAUGGCGGUUACAUACAAAAUCUGGGUCUUGUAGCUGUUGGCCACUCCCUGCCUUCGUCUGCGAUAACGGAAAUUAAACUACACACGAAUAUGUUUAUGUUUCGUGCGUGUAUGGAUCUGAAGUUGAUAUUUUUAGAUGCGAGAGUAUCCCAACUCACCGGCUAUGAACCGCAAGACCUCAUCGAGAAGACGCUCUAUCAGUACAUACACGUUGCGGACAUUGGAGCAAUGAGCUGCGCCCACCAAACGCUGGUAUACAAAGGACAAGUCACCACCAAAUACUAUCGCUUUCUGACGAAGGGCGGCGGCUGGGUCUGGGUGCAAUCGUAUGCGACCGUCGUGCACAACACACGCUCAUCGCGCACACAUUGUAUCGUCAGUGUAAAUUAUGUCCUUAGUGAACAAGAGGCCAAAGACUUGAUUCUCAAUGAAAUACAAACGGGUGUGGUUAAGAGCGAACCAAUCACCGCCUCGGCUGCGCUGACGCCAUCUUUGCAUGCGGCACACGCAGCUGGCGGCGCUGUCACACACCCGGCGCUAAGCAAUGGCAUUGCAGUUGGCAGCUCGUCGAGUUGCGCGGCGCUCAGCGUGAGUCCCAAACUGGAUGCGUGCUACGAAAGCGCUGGCGUACACUUACCACCUAAUGUGCUGACGCCGGUAUUGACUGGCGGCAGCAGCAGCAGUGGCGGUGGCGGCGGCGUCGCAGCGCAUAAUAAUAACAACAAUAAUGCCUAUAUGACGGGACAUAUAAUGCAUACACAACUGCCGCAUCAUCAACACGCGCAACUGCACGGGCAUCCGAAUGCGCAUGUGCAUGCGCAUCAUCUGCAUCACGUGCAUCCGCAUGCGCAUGCUCACGAAGUGCCGCUACCACCGCAAACGCAACACGAAAACCUCAACUACACGACGCUUUUCCCGCCGAUCAACGAACUCGUCGUGACGUCAUCGACGCUCGGUCAUGAGAUGCAAUACCCGGACACAACCACUGGUGUUGGGGGGCCCUACUACAGUAGUAGUGUUGGCGCGCCCAAUAGCAAUAACAACUCUGGCAGUGAACAUUACUAUUAUGAGGCGGCGCCAUCGGCGACCUCACUAAAUCGACCGUACUCGGCGAAUUCGAAUAGCUGUUCGAGUAGUGCGGAGAGCGAGCGGCAGAUGUCCACCGGAAAUGCAUCGAUUAUAACGGGCAAUUCGCCACAGACGACGUACAGCGAGUUGAGUCACACCUUUGAGUUGCAUUACUUGUCGGACAGCAGUUCGCAUCAACAGGCCGCUAUGGCGGUACCACCGACCGCACAACAACAGCAACAACAUCACCUACAACCAAUGGAACAUCAUCAACACACGCAUCACCACCAAACACAUCAGCAACUGCAACAACAACAAACCUUGGCGUCCAGUCAUAUUGCUGCUGCGCCACAGACUCAGCCACAACAACAACAAAUGGAGCAUCAACAAAUGCAUCAUCAACAUCAAACGACACUGGUUGCCCAUCAACUGCAACAACAUGAACAUGAACAACUACAACAGCAGCAACAACAACAUGAACAAAUAGCGCGCUCAUUCGCCGUCGCCGUGGAGAAGGGCGUCAGCGUGCAACCGCAAUACACCAGCGUCAUUGUUGACCCCCAUCAUCAUUAUAUACCCAACGAUUUUGUACAUUAGCAUUU